AUGGCAGGUAACGUUUUUAAAUUACUCUCGGAGUUGGCAGCUAGGGAUGCCCCACAAGUCAUCUAUUCAUAUAAGUUGCGUCCCUUAUAUCGUGCAGGUGCGUUAUCAUUAUCGACUGUUCUAGUCGUGUACAGUCUUUCAUUCGCAGAUGUUUCUAAGUUAAGUGCCUCUUUACAAUACAAGAUUGCUGACGGUGAAGAAAAGAAAGAUGCAUUAUUUCUAAUGAAGGCAUAUGGUCCUAUAGGGAUGGCAUUAAUCCCAUUAAGCAUAUCACUUGGUUCAUUAUUUGUACUAUCAAGGACCGUGACAAGGGUUAAAUAUAUCCCACAAGUGCAGCAAAUACCUAAAUGUGAAAUUACGCGUACUUCUGCUCUUCUCGGUCGUGAGAUUACUGUGACUAGACCUAUGAGUGAUAUAGUUAGAAGCUCUAAUGUCCGUAUAUAUACCGGGAAGGGUCCCCAGGGGAUUGAUGAUAAGGCAAGUUUUUCAUUUUACUUGAAAGAUCUAAGCCCCACUUUAAAGACACCCUUGAAUAGAUUAUAUAUUCUUCCUAGAUCUGGUACUGUUUGGAAAUCUGACGGUAGAGUAUUAUCUGCUUUAUUUGGCGGUAACGGUAAGGAUCAAAACAUCUUAUCUAACGAUGUAGAUGAAACUAACCAGUCAGGGGGUAACAAGUCUAGAAUGGAAGAAACUAUUAAUGCAACACAGAAAAAUAUUAUUGUCCAGGAAAUGAUGAAAUUAAAUGCUAAUAACAAGGUUAAGUUCCACAAUAAAAAUAAAAAAGACAUACAGACGAAUCUGAUAAAGAAUAUUGUAAAUAACACCCAAACUAAAUCGAACAAUAAGUAA